AUGGUCCGGAAACUUGCGGUAGAGGUAGACAGCAAUAUCUACCUAGAGCGCAAAGAGGAACGUACCGCACGGCCACGUACUUACACACCCAUUGCCACUGCUGCAACUAUCGUCCGCGCUGAAGAAACGACACAACAAUACGGAGCUCGCCAUACAGGCCCACGCCCUCCCCUCACAGAUACCGAGAGAAACCGUCGGCGAACCCAUAAUCUUUGUCUAUACUGCAGAGCAAACGACCAUUUGGUGGAGAGAUGUCAGCUCACAAAGGGACAACGCCGCCUCAACACCACGGCAUACGAGCCAGACACUGCAACCUCUAUACACCACAAGAACGAAUCUGUACGUACUCACACCCCCUACUCUGCUAAAUUGCAAACCUGGCGCCCCCCCACUGACUUCACCCCUAGGAUUAAAUCUCGACGUCCUCAACUCAAAGUCAAAGGGUCAGUGGGUGGAAAGGUAGUGCAUGCAUUAGUAGAUAGUGGUGCGGAAGAUAAUUUCAUCAAUAAAAAUAUUUUACCAGAACUUCAAAUCCAAAAGUCUACUCCUUUGUCCCAACCAAUUAUCGCUGCAGACGGCCACAUCAUCGUGCCUAGUGAUAAAGCAAGAAUCAUAGAAAUAGAAUGUAAAUUUAACACCCUCGCAAAAGGUCAAUUCUCCUUUGUACCAGCUCCAUUGAAACAUCAAGAUGUCAUACUAGGUUACCCAUGGUUGCAACGCCUAAAUCCAAACAUUGAUUGGAUUACCAGUAAAAUAGAAUGCAACAAUCUCAUACCACAAAAGCGUCCCAUAAAAACACCAAUAAUAAAAACAAGGCCACGCACAUUUCCCUCCCCUCUCCGCACUGUAGGUCAACGCUGGGGUGCACGCCCACUCAAUAACAGUAAAGCCAUCGCUAUGACAAAGCACGUUCGCGAACUCAUCCGCAAAAACACCAGUGUCCAACAAAACAACGGCCCCAACACUGAGGAAAGAGUUCCCAUAAUUGACUGGCAAAAAUUAUACCACACCCUAAAAUUGAACACCCUAUUGAAAGAACACGAGCCCGACACCCAUCAAACCCUACCUAACCACUAUACAAAAUUUAAAAAUGUUUUCUCAAAGCCAAAAUCUGAAGAACUAGCAAAAGAAAGGUCAAACGUGAACUGCGAGAUUAUUCUCAAGCCAGACGCCAAGAUGCGCCGCGGAAGAGUAUACAAGAUGUCCGAUACAGAACUCAGUCUACUCAAAACCUAUAUUGACAAUGGAAUCCAACGAGGAUGGAUCUGCAAAAGCAAAUCUCCUUGCGCCUGUCCAGUUAUGUUUCGAACUAAGCCGCAUGACUCGGCCCUACGCCUUUGCGUGGACUACCGUGCCGUAAACGCCAAUACAGUCAAAAACGCUUACCCUUUGCCCCAAUUAGAUGACUACCUAAGCAAAAUGCACGGCACUAAAUUCUUCACCAAACUCGAUCUUCGUAACGCCUUCCAUCUGCUACAAAUGAAAAAAGGUGAUGAGUGGAAAACUGCGUUUAUAAGCCAAUUCGGCCUCUACAAAUACCAAGUCAUGCCUUUCGGUCUUUGUAAUGCUCCAGCGACUUUUCAAGCAUGGAUGGACGAUAUUUUCCGAGAAUUAAGAGAAACCAUGAUGUGUUACCUUGAUGAUAUCCUCAUAUGGGGAGAAACCAAAGAACAAGUUAUCGAACGUACCCACAAAGUCCUUUAUAUCCUUGAAAAGAACGGCCUAUACGCCAAGCUUGAGAAAUGCGAGUUUGAAGUCACGAGAACAUGGUUUCUGGGUUACAUAAUCAAGCACAAUAGUAUCACAAUCUGCCCUUCUAGAAUAUCUCUCGUCACCGAGUGGCCUGAAUCUAAGACUCUCCAACAAGUACAAUCAUUCUUAGGCUUCAUCAACUUCUACCGCCGCUUCAUUCCACGGUUCUCCGAACUUGCCCACGGACUUACGGCUCUUACCCGUAAAGAAAACCUUCAACGUCGCUUCGAACUCAGCGAAGAAGGUCUUCAAAGUUUUAGAACUCUUCAAGACGCUUUCAAAGACUCGAAAGUACUGGGUAUUUGGGACUCCAGUCUUCCAGCGAUCCUCGAGACUGAAGCUUCCUGCUACGCUAUUGCCGGCAUAUUAUCACAAAUUGUUAAUGGUGUUAAAGUUCCCAUCGGAUUCUACAGCAAGAAACAUUCACCCGAAGAGACCAGGUAUGCUACACUAGACCAAGAACUCAUGGCAAUUUGUUACAGUCUCCAACACUGGCGUCAUUAUCUAGAAGGCGCUCGACACCAGAUUACUGUCUACUCAGACCAUCGCAAUCUCACAACUUUCAACACCACCGCAAACUUGAACCGCCGUCAAGCCGGUUAUUGGGCACAGAUGAGCAGGUUUGACUACGUUAUAAAGCAUAUUGCAGGAAAAAAUAACCCCGCAGACUUACCUUCUCGCUGCAAAGGUUAUAAACUCACAAAAGAUGAUGCACCCGAGGUCCACCCAUUCUUAUGCCUCGCCACAAUGUCGCAAGUUCCUCCCGAUAUUUACAACGCCCUUGUCACAGCUACAGCAACCAAUAAUUACGCAGCCGAAGUUAAUCCUUUGGACGAAGAGCCCAAGCUUAAAUGGCAAAAUGAUAUCCUGAAAUACGCUGACAAACGGGCGUACGUACCUCCAUCCCUACAAAAUCGCAUCUUAGAACUAUGCCACAACUCCCCUCUAGCGGGACAUCAAGGCCAAGCACGCACAUUAGAGAAAUGCUACCGCGAUUGGUACUGGCCAUAUAUGAAAGACGACAUCAAAAGAUACGUCCGAGGAUGCCGAAACUGUAACGAAAACAAAGACCCGCACCACGCAACCUACAGAAAACUUUCCCCACUUCCUGUUCCCGAAGGAAGAUGGACCAGAGUUCAUAUGGAUUUUAUCACUGAUCUCCCUACGACAAGUUGUGGUAAUAACGCCAUCCUUGUUGUCAUCGACGCCUUAACAAAAAUGGCACAUUUUAGCCCCGUAAAACUUAAAGGAAGCGAUACUGCCAACGCUCGAACGACCGCAGAUCUCUUCCGCCGAGAAUGCAUCUGUCUUCAUGGUAUUCCGGGUACCUUAAUAUCAGAUUGA